CACUAACGUAAUCAUAUUAAUUUUGUAUCAUAAAACUUUUCUUAUCAAAUAACUAUGAAUAAAUGAUUAUGUUCUAACUAUUUCAAACGAAAGAAGUCAUCAAUAUGUGGCAGUUACUACACAUGAAUUCCUGUCAAGCUAUACGACAAAGGUUACUUCCGGUUAAGAAUUAUAGUUACUUUACGAAUUUUGUGAAAAACAAACCAUCGGACGCUGUAAAACGAUAUAUUUCAAAUGUAAAAAAUUCAGCCGAAAAAGAUGUCAAAGGAGGUGUUUUAUUACUCUGUAGCCCGUGGAAGCUGGGCACUGGCGUCAGUUUAGGGUUAGCUGCACGAUUGUUUUAUAGUAGUGGUAUUGUACAUUGUAAAGCGAACCUCACUCGGGUUAUACAACGAAGGCCAAAUAUAAAUGAUGAUAGUGCUAAGUUUGACUGGAAGAGGUUUUGGGCGUAUCUUCUGCCACAUAAAUGGCUAUUGGCAGCAGCUGUUGCUUCGGCUCUUGCUGUAGCGUUCCUAAACGUCUACAUUCCAGCAAUGUUGGGUGUUAUCGUGAAUAUACUGGCUGGCAUGAGAACGAAUCCCACUGCAGAUUUUAUUGAAGAAAUUAAGAUGCCUGCUUUGAAAAUGGUUUCAUUGUACAUUGGACAGGCAAUAUUUACAUUUUUCUACAUUCACCUGUUAGCUCAAGUCGGUGAAAGAGUUGCGGCUCAAAUGAAGCAAGAUCUGUUUAUUUCGAUUCUGCAACAAGAUUUGUCAUUCUUUGACCAAGAGAGAACUGGCGAACUAGUCAAUAGAAUAACUGUAGAUGUACAGGACUUCAAAAGCUCCUUCAAACAAACAAUCGCAGGUGGUUUGAGAGCCAUCACCCAAGUGAUAGGUUCUGCGGUGAGUUUGUUAGUGAUCUCACCACAUUUGACGGGACUGACCUUGUUGUGCGUACCAUCAGUGGUGGUGGGAGGAACAUUUAUUGGUUCCUUACUUAGGAAACUUUCCAGAGAAGCCCAAGCACAGAUGGAAAAAGCAACCCUAGUAGCAGAAGAAGCAAUAGCCAACAUGAGAACGGUUCGUGCUUUUGCUGGAGAGGAAAACGAAGCCAAAUACUUUGCUCAGGAAUGCAAUACUGCAGCCGAUCUAAGUAUGGAGCUUGGACUUGGUGUGGGUUUGUUCCAAGCUGGGACCAACUUGUUUUUAAAUGGUAUGGUUCUGGCGACCAUGUUCCUCGGUGGUCACCUGAUGUCAACUGGUCAGAUGACAGCCGGUGACGUCAUGGCGUUCCUGGUAAACGCUCAAACAGUCCAGCGAUCAGUUGCACAAUUGUCGCUGUUGUUCGGGUCGGUUGUUAAAGGUCUCAGCGCUGGAGGAAGGGUUUUCGAGUACAUAAACAAAGAGCCCUUAAUGGAUACAUCAGGCACGAAGACGAUUAAGUACCACGAAUUCCACGGUGAUAUUGAAUUUAAAGAUGUUACAUUUUCUUAUCCAACGCGACCUGAAGCGGUUGUCCUGAAUAACUUCAAUUUGAAAAUACCGGCUGGUAAAACUGUAGCUAUCGUUGGUACAUCUGGUAAUGGAAAAUCAACUAUCGCUGCUUUAGUAGAAAGAUUCUAUGAUGUAAACUCCGGUUCAGUGAUGAUAGACAAUAUCGAUAUCCGAGAGUUUGAUUGUCGCUGGCUUCGGGGCAGAGCCCUAGGGCUUAUCAGUCAAGAGCCAGUCCUAUUUGCGACCACUGUUAAGGAGAAUAUCAGAUAUGGACGCCCAGAAGCUAGUGACGCUGAGGUUUACCAAGCAGCAAAAACGGCGAAUGCUGAUGAUUUUAUCCGUGGCUUCCCCGACGGGUACAACACUAUGGUAGGGGAACGAGGAAUGUCUCUGAGUGGAGGACAGAAACAGAGAAUCGCCAUAGCGAGGGCAGUUCUAAAGAAUCCACCCGUUAUGAUUUUGGAUGAAGCAACUAGUGCCUUAGAUUCUGCGAGUGAGAAAGUUGUUCAAACAGCAUUAGAAACAGCAUCGAAAGGUCGUACAGUGCUCGUUAUAGCGCAUAGAUUAUCCACGAUCAUGAACGCUGACCUUAUCGUUGUAUUGAGUAAGGGGAAAAUUAUUGAGAUGGGUACACAUGACCAGUUGAAGAAAUUAAAAGGUCACUAUUGGAACCUCAUCAAGCAACAGGAUCAAAAUUCUGACAAUCCGUCCAAAACAUUAUGAACGGAAACAGAAAUGUAUUAAUACCAAUUUAGUCAAUUUACGAAGCUGCACGCUGUUAUACAGAUUAGUUCUGCCUUUAUUUAAAUACCAUAGACAAUAUUAACGUUUUAAACUAUAUUUAUUUUCCUGAAUAUUGAGGGUCUUGCUAAAAUUUUUGAGUAAUUGAUCAAUCUCUCAAAAGUUCUUUAGGUAAGAAAUACUUGUAUAUUGGUAUAGAAAAUAUUUUUAAUCAAAUAGUUCAAGAUGGCUAUGCAUUUUGGGAAUAAUCUGGACGAUUUAUAUUAGCAUUUUUUUUAAUUUAUUUAUUUAUAUGGUAGAGAAAGAUUUUAAAUAAAUCAUGUUAAAACAAAUAUGGUGAUAGGGGAGCGAAAAGCCUUAUAUUUAUAGUUUUUGUGUUAUAACUUCUGAUUUUAAUUUCAGUGUAAAAUAUAUAUCUCUUGACGUGAUAUAAAAUGACAAAAAUAAAUCUCGUUGAAACUAGUAAAGUAAAAAGUUUUUUCGUUUCAUUAAAACGUUCCAUAAUUUACGUUGCAAUCUAAUUCGAUCCGAAAAUUUACCGUGCAUAAAAGGUUUUACUUCAAUAAUUUGGAUAGUUUUUAUUCUCAUUUAUGUUGACUUACUAAUUCAAUGAUAGCAGGAGUAAAGAUAAAAAAAAAACUUAGAUUACACUACAAUCAGAUCUAGAUUAUGAAUAUGUAUUUAUUUAUAAUACAUUAUUUGCCUUAAAUACUUAUAUUAACUUUAUUACUAAAUUUACUUCCAAAGUACCGAUAGCAUCAUCGCUGACUGCCAUUUUUGCACGCAUCCAUAAUGUAUACCAUAGAUUAUUCAAGAUUUCGAGUGUCAUGAAAUUUCAAGAUCAAAUUUGUUUAUUUAUCGUGACUCUGAAAUAGACUAUAUUUAUAAAAGCUAAUUGAUAUCAUAAACAUGUUUCAAUCAAUCAACAGCCAAUCAUUUUCCACUGCUGAAUAUAGGCCUCUCCCAUGGUGCGCCAAAGCUCCCUGUCCUCCGCCUUCCGCAUCCAGUUGGUGCCCGCCACCUUUUUAAGGUCAUCGACCACCUGGCUGGAGGGCGCCCUACGCUGCGCUUGCCGAUUCGUGGUCUCCACUCUAGGACUCGUCUGCUCCAAAAACAUAAAAACAUGUUUAAUAAAUACAAAUUAUGUGUACAUAGCAAAUAUCAUAAGUUAAGUAAAAUGUAUGUGAAUUUUAAAGAACACCAAUUUUUUUUUAACUUAUAUACAUUUUAAGAUGAUAAAGUAUAUGUAUUAUUUUUACACUGAUGCUUUGAUGAUGUUGUUGACAUGUGAUUUGUUAUAGUUUAUUUAUAAUG